UUUUUUUUUUACAGAACAAUCAUGCACACUCGUGUACUGUAUUAGGUUAUUUCAAUGAUUGUUUGCCAGCUGUUAGAUGAACAAAGCGAAGCUACGUAACUAGCUAUAACUAUACUAACAGAGAUGAGCUACCUACAAGUACUAGCUAAUAACACUCGCCGUUAACGAAAGCAAAGAUACAUAGAAAAUGAACAUCUCUGAGGUCCCCGCACCUUAUCCCAGGAAACUAAGGGCACUGUGGGCAACCUUUUCAACUCAGAAAGGACACACACCAUCUGGACAAAGACCACUGAUGGUUUAAACAGAUUGAUGUUGGACCCAGUGAUCUACUGAAGAUGGAAACCGACUCCUCCCUCCUGAGCUCGGAGGUGGACCUAGAGCAACAAGAACUCUACCAACAGCUUUUACUACAGACAAUGGAAACAAGGCAAAGCAAAAUUCCUGAAUCCAAAGUCAUUCGGCCACAGCCUGGUCUGUGUGUAAAGACUCUUACCCUGCCUGACAAGCAGAAGGUGUUUGUCAAUAUCUGUCAGUCUGCUACCGUCCCUACGCCACCCCAGCUCUCCAGGGAGAAACUAGUUGAGCUUCUUGAAUCAGAAGACCCCUCUGGAUAUAGAGUACCCAUGAGCCUUGGGGAGCCCCACACAGAAGUGGACAACAGUUUCCAGGGGUGCACAGCAUAUGAUGUGGUCAUCAGUGAAGAUUUUUUCCAGAAAUGCGUGAAGGAUCCUUUAUUUCAGCAAUUCCUGAUUGCUGUGUCAUUGGAAGGACUGGAAAAUAAAUACAACCUGGAACUGAGUCGGGACUGGAAGGUUCUGAAAAACAGAAAGUUUCUUGGCUCUGUGAACGAGCAAAAUAUUCGAACAAAUCGCAAACCUGUCAUUCAGGAAAUCAACUCCAGGGAUACUCACACAGCACCUGCCAAAAGACCAGAGUUCUGUUUGUUGGUUGAGCCCCCUGCAGGUGAUCCAGAGUUUCUCAUAGCAGAAAUUCAGCUGCCUGGAGUGGCCUCCUCUCGCUCCCUCGUUCUGGACCUGGGGGAAGACCGUUUGGUACUGAAUGCCCGGCCUUCUCUCUUCCAUCUGGACUGUUUCAUUCCAGUCUUCAUUGACCAGGAAGGCAGCGUAGCGCUGUACAAUACCAACACACAGAUUCUCACAGUGACAAUGCCAGUGGUAUCUUCAUAAAGAAACGCAAUGGCAGAUCAUUUAUCCAUUUGUUUUGUAUUGAACCAUUAAAUCUGCUUAUUUUGGUAAA